AUGGAGCUGGACGGAGCGCCGCUCGCGCGCCCGAAGACCAUGCUGCCGCUGCUGAGGAAAGUUCGCAAGCGGCGGGAGAUGCUACUGCAGCAGCUGGGCUUCAUCUGCGCCAUCCUCUUCUUCGUCUGGUGCAUGUCCAGCCUGCUCUCCAGGCGGGGGCAACAAUCAAGUAUUGCAGACACACAUGUUUCAUCAGGGACGUGGAGGAAUAGAAUAUUGAUGGCAUUAUCUAAUGGGACGCAGGAAGGAAAGAACUGUACAGAUCCAGCCAUUCAUGAAUUUCCUGACGAUAUAUUCACAAAUAAAGAACGGCAGCAAGGAGGGGUUCUCCUUCACAUCAUUGCUGCUCUGUAUAUGUUCUAUGCUUUGGCUAUAGUAUGUGAUGACUUCUUUGUUCCAUCCUUAGAGAAAAUUUGUGAGAGACUGCAUUUGAGUGAAGAUGUUGCUGGAGCCACAUUCAUGGCUGCAGGGAGCUCCACGCCAGAGCUGUUUGCAUCUGUUAUAGGUGUAUUUAUCACUCAUGGAGAUGUUGGAGUAGGGACCAUUGUCGGUUCAGCAGUUUUCAACAUCCUCUGCAUUGUCGGUGUAUGUGGAUUGUUUGCAGGACAGGUGGUUUGUCUUACCCAGUGGGCUGUGUUCCGAGACUCUGUGUACUACACCUUAUCUGUUAUCGUACUUAUUGUUUUCAUAUAUGAUGAGAAAAUAGAAUGGUGGGAAAGCCUUAUACUCAUCAUUAUGUAUUCAUUCUACAUACUUAUCAUGAAGUACAACGUGAAGAUGCAAAAUUUCUUCACUCUCAAAAGCAAGAAUGUUGGAAAUGGUGACACGGUUGACAAUGAGAUGGAAGAUGGUAAUAAAUGUUAUGCCUCUAGUUGUGAUGACCCAUCCAUUCCAUUACUGUGGAAAGUGAAGGGUGUGCAGCAGUAUGGCAAAAACAGUGUUGUGAUGGUGGAUGAGAUCAUCUGCUCCAGUCCCCCCAAAUACCGGUUCCCUGAAGCUGGGUUACGGAUUAUGAUCACAAAUAAGUUUGGACCACGUACCAGAAUGCGGAUGGCAAGCCGAAUUAUAAUUAAUGAGCGCCAGCGGUUAAUCCAAUCUGCAAAUGGCUCAAGCAAACCACUUCAGAAUGGGAGACAUCAGAAUAUUGAAAAUGGGAACAUUCCUGUGGUGAACCAAGAGGAGGAAAAUGAACAGGAUAAUCUGUCUCCAUUUUCAUUGCCAGAAGGAAAAAUGAAUAAAAUUAAAUGGAUCUUGACAUGGCCAUUGAUAUUCGUGCUCUUUUGCACCAUUCCAAACUGCAGCAAACCCCGCUGGGAGAGCUGGUUUAUGUUCACAUUCAUCUUAUCCACUCUCUGGAUUGCCUUGUUCUCCUACUUUAUGGUGUGGAUGGUGACUGUGAUUGGAUACACCCUUGGGAUUCCAGAUGUGAUCAUGGGCAUUACUUUCCUAGCUGCAGGAACAAGCGUCCCAGACUGCAUGGCCAGCUUAAUAGUUGCAAGACAAGGCCUUGGUGACAUGGCAGUAUCCAACACAAUAGGAAGUAAUGUAUUUGACAUUCUGGUGGGCCUUGGUGUUCCGUGGGGUUUGCAGACCAUGGCAAUUGAUUAUGGAUCAACUGUUAAGAUAAACAGUAAAGGACUGGUCUAUUCAGUUGCACUUUUACUAGGAUCAGUGGCACUGACAGUGUUUGGGAUCCAUGUAAAUAAGUGGAAACUUGACAAGAAAUUAGGCAUCUACGUGUUGUUUCUUUAUGCUGUUUUCCUGUGUUUCUCUGUAUUGAUAGAGUUUAAUGUCUUCACCUUUGUCAACCUCCCUAUGUGCCGAGAAGGACUUUAAGCAACUGUUAAGGAGAGAGACUGCGCUUCUGAUUACCUGUGCUGUAAAUGACAGGAGACAUUUCACGUUUCUACCUUCCUUCCAUCAGUAAUUUGAGUGUCAUUCCUGCUUCAUCAGCUACCAAGCACUUUUACCUAUGUGGAAGGAAAGCAUACCUUUCUUGUAACAUGCUAGCUCAAGGCAACCAAAGCAUUUAACUCCUCCUUGGAUAUUGCUGCUCAGUCAUGAAGAGGUGUGGACUUUAUGCGGUACUCUCAAAUGUCCCCACUUAUGGGACUUUCUGUUGUUGUGUUCAUUCUCCUUUUGCAGACAAUCAAACACUACCAACAAGGCUAACAAGAAAGCUGGAGAAAAAUCUUUAUAGUUCUUCUGCUUUUGACAUUUACUUUCCAUGGAAGGAAAGGAGGCAAGUUCAGAACUUUUCUCGGCUUUGUCAAAAUAUCUCAACUAUAGGACCAGAAAGUCCAAGGUACAUAUCAGGCAUGCACUGUUGAGGACAUCAUUUCCCCCUUCAAGUGCUCUGCUUAUAGAGAAACUGCAGUGACAGUUUUUGAUGGCAGUGUUGAAUAUUUAUCAUUCUUUUCAAAGAAGAUGAACAGUGUGGCAGAGAAAGAAGAGGAAAUGGUUGUAUGUUGUAUCACUUCUGAUGAUGCACACUAUAAGUUUGACUGUCUGCAUAGUGAAAAAGAGAAUUACAUGCAGAACUUCAUACUUGAAAAAUCUGUUUUAUCAUUAAUGAGUAAUGCUGUAUAUGUAAAUAUAAACAAAAAUUGGUGGAAUAUUACACCAUGACAGACAUUUUGCGUCAGCCCUCGUAAGCUCAUUUGUAAGUUUAGAAGAAACUAAGCAAAUAAAAUCAACUGGGUGCUGAGUAACUAUCAAUUAUUGCUGUCAGUUGAGAAUAGAAUCCAGACAUAAACCAGAUUGUCUGACAAUA